AUUCAGCAACUGUUUACUGGAGGUCUGCUGUAUGCUCUGUGCUAUAGGAGAAUUGACCUGGGGAGUCAAAGGAGUCUACUAAAGAACUGAGGCUUGAGUUGCUGUGAGUAGUAACUAGACUAAAAGAUGAGGGAAUAAUUUUUUAGGUAGAGAAAGUAGCAUUUGCUUUAUAUAUUUGGAGAAAGGGAGAAUGGCAACUAGGAACUUGUUGGAGUAGAGAAUGUGUGGAGAGGAGCAGCAUGAAGUGAAAUGAGAUAGGAGAAAAUAGAUAGGGACCUGACAAUUCAGGGAUCCCCAAAACAGUGGAAAGUCAUUGAAAAACUUUUAGUACAGAAGUGAUAGGGUGAAAUUUAUAGCUUACAGUUUGGAGAAUGAAUUGGAGGGAGGCCAGCAUGCACGUGGGAGGACAGAUUAGGAGACUAGUAUGCAAUAAUUGCAGUGAAAGAUGAUGGUAGCUUAGAGACUGGGGUGUGAUAGAAAAAAAGUGGACAGAUUUGACAAUAUUUAGGAAGUAUAAUUCAUAGGGUUUGAUGAUGGACUUGUAUGAGAGAGAUGAGGUAAAGACAGUUGUCAAAUAAUAGCUUCUUGGUUUCUGUUUACCUUGAUGGAUGGUGGUAAAAGUUGCCAAUAUGUGAAAGAGUGCCUAGAGAGAGAGCAUCAAACGAAAAGAGAGCCUAGGUCUAAGCCAUGAGGAAUGCCAAUAUUUAAUGACUUGGUGGAUGAGGAUGAGCCUGCAACAGAGACAAGGAUGGAAAAAUUAAGUUUAGGAGGAAAGCCAGUAGUUUGUGCUAUCUUGAAAAGCCAGUGGGAAGAGUGUUUCAGGAGGAGGGAGUGUUGUGUUGAGUGGUGCUGUGAGCAGUUAGAUCAGGGCUAAAAAUGUCCAUUGGAUUAAGUGACGUGGAGGAGUUUGUUUUGGUGAAAUAGCCAAACAAUAGUUUGGAGAAUAAACAGUUUUUUCUAGGAGUUUAACUGCAAAGGGAGGAGAGGGGCAGGUGGGCAGCUAGAGGGAUUAAGUCACAUGAAAACUUAUUUUUAACGGUAGACACUUGAGUGUCUUUAAAAGUCACACUCCAAUUUAAAGAGAGAGGUUGAACAUAAAUGGGAGAAAGAGGAUAAUAGUAUAUGGUUCCUGAGAAGAUGUGUAAGUAGUAUAAGAAUCUUUUGAAGCAUGCUCUCCAAAGCUCAAGAAAAGGGAUUUAUCUUAGGUGAGAGAACAGAGUCCUCUAUUAUAACAGAAAGGUAAGAGGAUAGGACGGGUGUAGAUGUGGGUGGGUUUGUAUGUUUUGAAAGAAUUCCUUGAGGUGAUCUCAUUUAUUGAUUUGAGUUUCCUGUGGUACCCAAUCUGCUGUUCUUUGUCUCUAUUGAAAUGUUUAGUUCAGUAAUUGAUUUUCCUCUCCUUGAACUUACUUUCAGAGUGCUUUUAUUUUUUAUUUUUUAAUUGACAGCCUCAGAUAUCUCACCAACGGAGUCUGUUGUUUUCAGUAGUAAGUCUUACUAGAGGCCUGUUUUCUCUUCUGUCUUUCAACUUUGUAUUGAAGUAUAUUAUGAUAGGUAUACUUUUUUGUAUGUGAAUAUUCACAAACUGAACACACCCAUAUAACCAGCAGCUGAGAUCAAGAAACGGAACGUUAUACCAGAUCCUCAGAAACCCUCCUCACGUGCUCCCUUCUAGUCACUACUCUUCCCUUCCUUCCCCCAUCCCCACCACUAUUCUGACUUUUAACAGUAUGGAUUAAUUUUGCCUGUUUUUAUAUGAAAUCAUAUAGUAUAUUCUCUUGUGUCUGGUUUCUUUUGCUCAACAUUAUUUAUGACAUUCAGCCACAUUUUAAUAUGUAGUUGUAGAUUAUCCACUGUAAUGUUGAUGGGCAUUUGGGUAGUUUCUAGUUUGGAGCUAAUGAAUAGUGAGUGAGUCACCCUUUUUAAACUUCUGAAUCUUUUUUAAAAGAUCCUUUUAUUUUUCUCUGUUCAUUUUUAUAUUUUAUUUAGCCUGAGUACCUGAGAUUGGCUUUGGCAGAAAUCGUAGUUAAGUUCACGUUUCUGUUCUUUUCAGUCCCAAACCAAAAGAAAAGAUUAGAUUUUUUGCCUGCCUUUCCCUCUGUUCCUUUCCUUCCCUCCCUCCUUGCCAUUUUUCCUUCCUUGUCAUUUCUCUUUAGCAGUUCAGAGAACAAAUUAUGUCGAGUAGGGGAGACUUGUAGGCUGAGGGAGAAAGGGCACUGCAGGAAGUUUUAGCUUUGUUCUGUGACAGUCUUCUCUACCUCUCUGCCUGUGUGUUGUACUUAAAAGCCUAUGAUUUUAGAUUUCCAUUUUUCCAUUACUUCAUUUGUAAGUAUACAGUAUAGCAUGUGUAGGAGAAUUGGAUUGCAAGUACAGAAAUCUAGGUCCUGUUCUCAGCUUUACUGCUGAACCAGCUUUGUAACCUUGGGCAAAUCAUUCUUUUUCCCUAGUUCUUCUCAUUUGUAAAAUAGAGUUAGACAAAUUAUUUCUACAUUUUGGCUCUGAUUAAUAACACAGAUUAUCAGAAUCAAAUUUGUAACUAUAAAUAUGUGUAAUCAUUUUUUAAAGCAGUAAUCAAUGAGAAUUUUCAAACUCCAAAUGGGAGAAAACUUACCCAAAGAUUAGCCUUUUUAAAAAAAUUUGUUGGAAAGUUGUAUUCCUGUGCUUGUUUCUCAUUACCAUAGAUAACCUUGAGAUGGCUGCCUUGGAUUGUAAAGUAUAAUUUGGGAAGUUAAAAGUAGUUUGUGUAUCUUAAAUUAUCCUUUACAGAGAGAGAGUCACAAGAAGUAUGUUUCUUCACUAAACCCCAGCUGUGCAAUAUGUUGCUUAAUAUUCUAUAAUUCAAUAAACAUGUGCAUUCCAGAGGACAGCUGACUGUUUAGCCUCAUCUUUGAGGACAAAGUCUCUUCACAUGUAAGCAUUAGUGAGCAAUGUAGAAUAUACUAAAGAUUGGUAGCGGUAGAGAGUUUACGUACCACGCCCCACUGCAAAUAACUUGAACGUUGCCAUGUUAUACACUGCUACUUGUGCUGCUAGCCAGAGUUCUUUUUUUCUUCCUUCCUCCGAUAGCUUCUAGUCACUCUUGCUAUAUAGUUUUUUCUCUUUGGAUUUUCCUCAAAUCUUUACAUUUCUUAUCUCUCUUAUGUGGAUCUACUCCAGAUUCUUCUCCCAAAUUUUAUAACCAAAUCUGUCUUCGUGCUCAUCAAACAAAGGGCCUCUAGUCUCCAGCGUUUACCCUUUUUUGGAAUAUCUGUUUAGCGAUGAUAUUUUGUUAUUUGAGUAUCUUUUUCAAGCCUUACCCCCUACCUUAAGUAUCGGAUCAAAGUAGUAUUCCUCAGAAAAGUAGGUCUUGCCCUAAGAAUAAUUCUGGUAUCAAUUGCUAAGAGAAUAUAAUUUUCUCAAUAUUGUUUACAUGUAACUGUUUUGUCUUGUACUUCUGGAACCUCGGGGAGUGGGGAGGUUCUAUGUUAGACCAUGUGUCCAGUAGGUAGAUAGAAAAAUACCUUGCAGGUUUUAUUCUUCAAUUUUUUUUACCAAAGGACUCUGCCCAAAUUUUGAGUUGAGUAAUUCUUGUUACUUUUGGCUAAUAAGUUGCUUAGGAUCUGAACAGUAGAAUCUUUGGAGCUUUUUUAUUUGGGAUAAUUCUGAAUGGACUAAACCAGAUGACCAGUUUUACGAUUCUUUGCUAUGAACAUGAUACCAGCAUUGCUUCAUAAAAGCUGUAGUUGGCUGCUUCAUCAGGACUCUACAAAUUACUCAGAACCCAAGAAGACCUGGAAUAUCCAGACAUAAUGGGAGCAUUUUUAGACAAACCAAAGAUGGAAAAACAUAAUGCCCAGGGGCAGGGUAAUGGGCUGCGAUAUGGACUAAGCAGCAUGCAAGGCUGGCGCGUUGAAAUGGAGGACGCACAUACAGCUGUGAUCGGUUUGCCAAGUGGACUUGAAACAUGGUCAUUCUUUGCUGUGUAUGAUGGGCAUGCUGGUUCUCAGGUUGCCAAAUACUGCUGUGAGCAUUUGUUAGAUCACAUCACCAAUAACCAAGAUUUUAAAGGGUCUGCAGGAGCACCUUCUGUGGAAAAUGUAAAGAAUGGAAUCAGAACAGGUUUUCUGGAGAUUGAUGAACACAUGAGAGUUAUGUCAGAGAAGAAACAUGGUGCAGAUAGAAGUGGGUCAACAGCUGUGGGUGUCUUAAUUUCUCCCCACCAUACUUAUUUCAUUAACUGUGGAGACUCAAGAGGUUUACUUUGUAGGAACAGGAAAGUUCACUUCUUCACACAAGAUCACAAACCAAGUAAUCCGUUGGAAAAAGAACGCAUUCAGAAUGCAGGUGGUUCUGUGAUGAUUCAGCGUGUGAAUGGCUCUCUGGCUGUAUCAAGGGCCCUUGGGGACUUUGAUUACAAAUGUGUCCAUGGAAAAGGUCCUACAGAGCAGCUUGUCUCACCAGAGCCUGAAGUCUAUGAUAUUGAAAGAUCAGAAGAAGAUGAUCAGUUCAUUAUCCUUGCAUGUGAUGGUAUCUGGGAUGUUAUGGGAAAUGAAGAGCUCUGUGAUUUUGUAAGAUCCAGGCUUGAAGUCACUGAUGACCUUGAGAAAGUUUGCAAUGAAGUAGUCGACACCUGUUUGUAUAAGGGAAGUCGAGACAACAUGAGUGUGAUAUUGAUCUGUUUUCCAAAUGCACCCAAAGUAUCACCAGAAGCAGUGAAGAAGGAGGCAGAGUUGGACAAGUACCUGGAAUGCAGAGUAGAAGAAAUCAUAAAGAAGCAGGGGGAAGGCGUCCCUGACUUAGUCCAUGUGAUGCGCACAUUAGCGAGUGAGAACAUCCCCAGCCUCCCACCAGGGGGUGAAUUGGCAAGCAAGCGGAAUGUAAUUGAAGCCGUUUACAAUAGACUGAAUCCUUACAAAAAUGAUGACACUAGCUGUUCACUGCACCCAUUCUCUUACACACACCCCUGAUUGGUUGCUCUGAUAUCUGCCUGCACCACAGUUCUAGUGAUUGAGGACAUAAUCAUGGACUCUGCAUCAACUGAUGAUAUGUGGUAAAACUGCUCAUCUAGCCAUGGAGUUUACCUUCACCUCCAAAGGAGAGUACAGCUCAACUUUGUUGAAUCUUUUUAACAUCCAUCGUCAACUUUAAAGAAGGGGAUAUGACAUGGGUGAGAGUGAUUAUACCAGAGACCUUCAACAGAACAACAGCUAGCCCAGAACUGAUUCUUUUUUUCUUUUUUUGUAAAUUUGAGACUUACGUAAACAUGAUUUCAAACCAUAAUUCAUGUUGUAAAUCAGACUCCAGCAAUUUUUGUUGUAUGAUUUUGUUUUUUGUAAAGUGUAAUUGUCCUUGUACAAAAUGCUCAUAUUUAAUUAUGAACUGCUUUAAAUCACUAUCAAAGUUACAAGAAAUGUUUGGCUUGUUGUGUGAUGCAACAGACAUAUAGCCCUUUCAAGUCAUUUUGUGUUUUGGACUUGGGGUGGGGACAGGGAGAGCAGCAGCCACAUCAGCUAGAUGCCCAAACAUGCACGCAAUUAUGGAGAAUAAUUUCAAAAUCUUACAAAGCCCAAACAUCCAGGGAGUUUUUGAAAACUAUUUUAAUGUUCUUGGAGGUGAGAUUGGCAUUGAUGAUAAAGCCAGUCCCUUCAUUUAACUGUCUUUCAGGGUGUUCUCUCCCUGUUGCCAUGAGUAUUGAAGGUAAUACAGAGUGUUCUUAAGAAUAUCAAUCUUGGGGCUAGAAUGCCUUGAUUCUUUGCACCUCUUUUACAAGUCCUUACAUUAAAUUACUAAUUGAUAAGCAGCAGCUUCCUAUGUAUGGUAGGAGACUGCCACAUUUUUGCUAUCAUGAUUGGCUGAACCUGCUGCUGUUCCUAGUAAGAUAUUCUGAAUUCCAUUUUAUCAAUAAAGCUUGAUUUAACAAACAAGAAA